AUGACCUCCGCCACUGUCGACGACAAUGCGCUGAUGCAUCUCAGCGUGGGUGACUUCGUCGCAGUCGUUACCCAUCACAUGAAGGAUGGCAAGCUGCACUGGACCUUGGGCUCCGUAGAGACGCCGCCGUACCUGCGUGAUGUCGAGAUCCGCCUGUGGGAGAAGCAGCGGCUUGAAUACUACGAUGAGGACGACACCCCGGCAAACCCAGAGUCCGAGGAGCUGAUGAAGCGCAUUGCCCAGGUGAAGCAGGACCUCCAGAAGAGCAUUGACCAGUCCACGGACCUUACAAAGCAGCUGCGCGCCCGCCGCGCUGCAAUUAUGCAGCGGCUCCGAGAGGUUGACAAUUACGUUGCGGAGUCGAAGGCCGCUCGCGAAGCUGCGCGCGACGACGUCGAGAGCAUCCCCGACUGCUACUGGCAGGAGCUAAAGUCGUACCGUAUGCCACCUAAGAUGGUGUUGGUGAUAAUUCGCGCUGUGAUGUUGCUUCUCUCUGAGGACGAUGCCCGCACGUGGCUGCAGAUGCAGCGGGUGCUGCGCGACUUCGACUUCAAGCGCCGCAUCACCAGCUACGACCCCAACCAACAGCUCUCUUCUAAGCGCCGUAACUACAUUCUGCAGGAGUGCGUGAGCAAGAGGAGCUUUCGCUACGACCGUGCCAUGCAGUGUAGCAUGGCGAUUGGCCCCAUCUACUACUGGGUGCUGGCUCAGCUUGACAGCGGCGAGGCCCAGUCACAGAAGGACCACGUCAACCGGGAGAGGAUUGCCCGCCAGAAAGAGCUUCGUGGCGUGCUGAAGCAAAUUGCGGAGCAGGAGAAGCGCAUAGCGGAGUAUCAGGAGCUCAUGGACGACCUGGAUGAUCAGUUGCGUGUGUGCAACCAGGGAAACAGCAACGGCAGCACCGUCUCGCGCCCGCACCACCGCAUCUCCGCCAACGACCGCUACGCCGAGAGCCUUGCCGCUUGCGAGGGGAAGGAAUACCUUCGUCCGGCCUUCUACGCAUGGAAGCCAACGGACCGCGUCAUCAUCGUGCUUCGCAAGAAUAUCGUCUGUAACUUUGGCGCCGUCACCUUGCAGGGGCAUGAGGAGGAGGGCUACACCAUGAGCCACUCGCAGAUCGAAAUGUUGGAUGCAGCCCUCAUGCGCCACCAGCAAGCCCUGGAAGCGAUGGGAGAGGAUGACGAGGAGCGCGAGGACAAGGCCCUUGAGGAGGACAUGUUCAAGCAGAGCGACAGCGAAGCCCACAGCACGCUACGCAGCGAUGAGGACAUUCUGGAGGAGCGCCAGCGCAACGCCACCGAGGCGACAUCGAAGCUGCAGCGCAAGUUCGAGGGAAAGAACUGGCAGCGCGUUCUCGACCGCAAGCGCGACGCCAUCGAGGCUGCUUUCACAGAGGAGUCUGCCACGUGUCUGAUGGUGCCGGAGUACUAUAUCUCCAUCGACGACCUCACGGUCGGGAGCCUCCUCGUCGACUUCUCGGUCCAGCACGAUGGCCAGCGCACCGACGCAGAGCUGCAGGGCUGCGUGAAGGCGUGCGGGUACCCGAAAGUCAUGUCGCUCUACGAGGAGGACGACGAGGACGAGGAGAUCGGCGAGGGCCCGGAGCAUCAGAUGAAGUUUGGCGGCGACUUCUGGGCCGGCAUAACCAGCGAGCACCGUGGCGAGAUUGAGGCCGCUUUCCUGGAAGACACGAGCGCUGCGACUGGUGCGCCGCAGGAUGAGAUCGUUGUCCACGACAUUCGCGCUGACGCAGACGAGGGCCUAACGGUGGAUUACUCGAUGCUGAGCACGGGUUGCAAUCCCGAUGAAGUGCAGAAGCGGGUGGACGCCUAUGCCUACCCUGCCGUGUGGGGCCUGUACCAGCGGCUGGCCGGGCUGGAUGGAGUGGGGCCGAUUCACCACGUGCGCUUCUGCGGCGAGCGGUGGGCGGACAUCAUGCCUGGCGCCGAGGAAGCGAUCAAAGAGGCUUUUAUCGAGGACACCGCCGACGCGCUCGGGGUUGCGCCGCAGCAGGUGAUCCCCGACGAGAUCCGCUACGAGAACGGGCUGACGGCGUCCUACGCCGUGGCCCACUGCACCCUGGAUGACGACGAGGUUGAUUCCAAGGCGGAACACUACCAUUACCCCAGUACGUGGGCGCUGUACGACCGCCUCGUGGCGGCGGUCGUCGGUGCGGCGUACCAGAAGAGCUUCGAGGGCGACGGCUGGGAGACGGUGCUGCGUGCGGCGCGACCAGAGGUGUCGGAGGCGUUUUGCAUAGAUACGGCGAGGGCCAUCAAGUCUGCGCCCUGCAAGGUCGACCUUCGCUCUAUGGACACUGACCAGAACCGCCUGCUUGUUUCCUACAACGUUGGUGACUCACAGCAGCGUGCCGACGAGGUGCGCGAGAGCACCCGGAAAUACCCCUACCCGGAGGUAUGGGCACUGUACCAGAUGAUCAUGGCGGAGGAGUCUAAAGGCACUCAAAACCUUACCCAGGCAUUUGACGGAGAGGGGUGGGAGGCGAUCAACGAAAGGAUACCGGAGCAGGUGCGCGAGGCCUUUACGGAAGAUGUGGCUGUCGCCACUCGAGUCGACCAGGUGUGCGUGACAAUCCACAGCAUUAAUACGAGAAAGAUGGGUAUGACCGUUGAGUAUGGCCUUGCUCGUGAAAAGGGCCAGUCCUCGUAUGCAAUGCAUAAGGCAGCGAAGGACUUCGACUACCCUGCUACGUGGAGCCUAUACGAGGCGAACAAGAAGAGCGCGCCCACACGCAGCAUCGGUAAGCGCGCGUCUGGCAUCCUCGAGCGGUGCUUCGAAGGCGAAGACUGGGACAUCAUUGUCGAGGGCUACCCUGAGGAACUGCGUGACGCCUUCUGCUCGGACGCGGCGCGUGUGAUGGGUGUCUCGAAGCACAACGUGAGUAUCAUCAGCGCAGAGAUCGACAGCCUGAUCGUGAAGUACCAGAUUGUGGACCCGCCGUGCGAGGACAGCGAAAUUGCACAGCGUGUGGAGGAGGACGACUUUCCUGAGGUGAUGGCUCUGUACCGUCGCCGCAUGCGCGGUGGCGACGAGGGCGCAGCCGCCAAGAGCCCUGCAGUCCCAGAGCUGCAGAACCUCGAAGGGAUGCUGCCGAAGAUGUUUGACGGAGACGAGUGGGGCUUUGUGAUGGCAAACCACCGCGCGAGGCUGGAGGAGGCGUUUGUGAGGGACACGGCCGACGCCCUCGGCGUGAGCGCUGAGCAGGUGAUUGUGGAGGAGAUGACGGCGGAUGUGUACAUGCUGCGGGUGGAGUACAGAGUACUCGACUGCCCAUCCGACAAGGCGGCAGUGCAAGCGGCCGUGGAGGACUACCCGUAUCCGCUCGUGUGGGAGAUGUACCCAGACGAGGAGGAUCUGGGCAAGUACCAGAGGACCUUCGACGGCACUGCCUGGGAGGAAGUCGUUGCCUCCCACGAGAACGCUGUGAAGGAGGCCUUCGCCAAGGAUGUGGCUGAUGCUCUCAAUACAGACAGGCACUAUGUCAUUGUUAAGUCUGUCCGCGCCAACGCGGAGGGUCUCGUAGUGCGCUACAACGUGAUGAACGAGGCGUGCUAUGACGGGCAGGUAAUGGAUAUGCGGCUGAAGUACGGCUACCCGAAGACAUGGGCGCUCUAUGGGAUGGAAAAGAAAGGCGGCUGGGUGACAACGUCGCACCAAGUCGGCUUCGACGGUGACGACUGGGUGUACGUCGUGCAGGAGAAGAUGCCGGAGCUGCAGAAGGCGUUUGUCAACUGCACCGCCGAGCUAUUUCAUAUAGAUGCGGAACACGUCACGAGCACCAAGUACACGCUGGGCAGCCUCAUCGUGGACUUCGAGCUCACCCACCCGGCGGAGUUGAGCGAGGAGGAGAUCAGGAAGCAGCUCACCGCGUGCCCAUACGAGCCGGUCUGGGAGCUCUACGGCUACCACCCGUGGGACUCGACGGAGGUGACGGAGACGACGCAUGAGGUCUGCUUCAAGGGACCGGGGUGGGCGACCGUGCUGGGGUCACAGCGCAAGGAACUGGAAGAGUGCUUCAGGCAGGGUACGGCGACAGCGCUCGAGGUCGAGCUGGCCGACGUGCGCAUCGACUCGGCCAACUGCACCAAGGAGUUUCUCUUCAUACAUACUACCGUCACCCACCACGUCUUCCAAGAUAAAGAGCUUCUGCAGGAGCAGCUCAGCCGCUACCCAUAUGAGGAAGUGUGGAAGCUCUACGUUGAGGACCCAGACCAGGGCUGGACCACCACCUCGCACCAGGUCGGCUUUGAUGGCGACGACUGGGAGUACAUCUUGGCUGUCAAGAGGAAGUCGCUGGAGGACGCCUUCCGCACGUGCACCUGCAGGUCUCUAGAACUGACAGACGAGCAUAUUACGAACAUCGUCUUCGAGACCAACGAGAAGGCCCUACUGACCACCUUCGAGGUGAAGCACCCGAAGGAGCAGUCAGAGGCGGGGGUGAACCAGAAGCUUGCCGAGUGUGACUACAUGCCCGUGUGGGAGCUUUAUAUUGAUCACCCAUACAACCCGGAGGAGCUCGAGACGACGUCACACGAGAUCGGCUUCGAGGGAGAAGAGUGGAACAAGGUAAUAGAGACACAGCCAAAGCAGCUCGAAGAGGCCAUCAUGCUCGACGCGGCCGACGCGCUCGAUGUGACGCCGAACGACAUCACGUCGAUUAAGACCAGCUUUGAGAACGGCACCGUACUAAUCGUGCGCCUCAACAUUCAACAUCCGGUGCUGCAAGACAAGGAGCUCAUCCAGGAGCAGCUGGGCCGCUACCCGCACGAGCGUGUGUGGGCGCUCUACGAGGAUGCACCACUCACACCCCUUAGCAAGGAGAACGCAGACGGAUUUUGCCGUGACGCCGAAGGCGCGUCUGGCAUCCUCGAGCGGUGCUUCGAAGGCGAAGACUGGGACAUCAUUGUUGAGGGCUGCUCUGAGGAACUGCGUGACGCCUUCUGCUCGGACGCGGCGCGUGUGAUGGGUGUCUCGAAGCACAACGUGAGUAUCAUCAGCGCAGAGAUCGGCAGCCUGAUCGUGAAGUACCAGAUUGUGGACCCGCCGUGCGAGGACAGCGAAAUUGCACAGCGUGUGGAGGAGGACGACUUUCCUGAGGUGAUGGCUCUGUACCGUCGCCGCAUGCGCGGUGGCGACGAGGGCGCAGCCGCCAAGAGCCCCGCAGUCCCAGAGAAGGAGAGGGAGAUGACGACGACGCUGCAGGACUGCGGGUUCGAGGGCACGGACUGGGACUACGUGUGGUCCAUCAAGCAGGAGGCGAUGUGUGAGGCCUUCGCGCAGGGUGUUGCGGACGCGCUGGGGAUUAGGCCGGCUGACGUCCAAAACAUCAACAUGGAGAAGUCGGAUGACGGCAUUGUGCUCGGUGCGAGCGUGACGCACCCGCUGGUGCAGGACUACCAGACGAUUCAGAAGGCGCUGAAGGACCACCCGUUCGAGGAGUUGUGGGUGCUGUACGAGACGCGUCCGUAUGACCCGUGCGAGGUGGUGAAAACGGAGCACGUCAUCUACUUCGAGGGUGAUAAAUGGGGCUCUGUUAUGGAGAGCAGGGGCGAGGAGGUGGUGGGGGCAAUCCGUAAGGACACGGCGAGCGCGCUGAAAUUGCUGGAGGACGACGUGGUGAGCGUGUGCACGAAGGUGGAGUCAACCGGGCUGGUCGCCACGGUCGUGGUGAGCCACUCGCCGCUGCAGGACGAUGAGCUGAUCCAGGAGGAGCUGAUCAAGUGCGAGUACGAGCACUUGUGGGCGCUGUACUGCCCCGAGGAUGAGGCACCACAUGGCACGAAGCACUUCGACGGCUUGAACUGGGCGAGCGUAAUCGCGAACGACAAGGACAGUGUGAUGCAGGCGUUCCGCAUGGACACGGCCACUGCCAUAGGCGUGCACCCGGAGGAUGUGGAUGUGGACGACAUCCGCACGACGGAUGAGGGUAUGGAUGUGGACUACACGGUGAACUUCGCAAACGCGAGCGAGGAGGACACGGAGCACAUACUGCAGGCGUACCCGUACCCGAACGUGUGGGACCACUACCGUGUCGGCGAGGAGGAGGAGAGGGAGAUGACGACGACACUGCAGGACUGCGGGUUCGAGGGCACGGACUGGGACUACGUGUGGUCCAUCAAGCAGGAGGCGAUGUGUGAGGCCUUCGCGCAGGGUGUUGCGGACGCGCUGGGGAUUAGGCCGGCUGACGUCCAAAACAUCAACAUGGAGAAGUCGGAUGACGGCAUUGUGCUCGGAGCGAGCGUGACGCACCCGCUGGUGCAGGACUACCAGACGAUCCAGAAGGCGCUGAAGGACCACCCGUUCGAGGAGUUGUGGGUGCUGUACGAGAUGCGGCCAUGCGUUGCAAACGUUCUGAAGAGCAGUUUGGCUGGUGCUGGCGAACGAGAGUCUUGCGAGCUGCAGCGCGUUUUCAGUGGCCACGACUGGGACCUUGUACUGAAGUUUUGUCGAGAGGAGGCGAGCGACGCGUUCCGCAAGGGUGUUGCGGACUCCGUGGACGUGGUGAAAUCGGACGUCGUGGUGGUGGACAUGCGCAUCGGCAGCCUGAUCGUCAAGUACAAGGUGCGCGGAUGCAACUUGGAGAGCGAAGAGAUCAACGAGAGGGUCAAUGCGUAUGAUUUUCCUGAGCUCAUGGCGCUGUAUCGUGCGCGAGUGCGCGGCGGCGACGAGGACGAGGGUGAAGGCAGCGUCUCGAGGAGCUCCGCGAUGCAACCCGAGGAAGUCAUUCCUGUCGACGUUGCCGACGAAAGUGAGCCGCCGGAAGGAUACAAGCGUGUUGCGCUGAGUGUGAAUUUUGAAGGUGAGCUCUGGGUGCAGAUCGUAAAGACGCACAGAAGGGAGCUGGCAGGUGCUUUCCGCGCUGACACGGCCAAGUCCAUCGGCGUUACCCUGGAGGACAUCCACAUUCCGGAGUGCAUUGUGAGCGCGGUGAGUCUGCUGGUGCACUUCAGCGUUCUCUAUGCGGAGACGGCGACUGAGGAGGAGCUGCGCCACAAAGUUGAUGAAUACUCCUACAGCGAUGUCUGGGCUCUCUAUGACGACAUGGCGGAGUCUCUUGCUGCUGCUGUGUCGGAAGUGAUGGUUAAGCACUUCGACGGCGUUAACUGGGGCAUCGUGAUGGAAGCGUACCCGACGCGUGUCCUGGAGGCCUUCAAGGAGGACACGGCGAAUGUGCUGCAGAGUGAUGUGUCGAGGGUCUUUGUGGAGGACAUCGCUUUGGGCAGCCUCGUCGUGCGCUUCCGCGUGCGGGGGCUGAGAAUCUCACUGAAGAGGGCGACGUUGCUGGUAGACAACUAUGCCUAUCCGAAGGUGUGGGCGCUGUACAUCCCCCGCGAGGAGGCGAACCGCCCUACUUCAAGCUGCAGCACAAGUGAAAACCGAUCUCGCCAUUCACGCCGACGGACUGAGCAUCUUGUGUCGGGGGAGGGUGUGGCACCGGAGGACACCGUGACAUACCUGCGAAAGGCCCUCGCCGAUGCCCGUCGUGAGCGUGAUAUGUACAUGGAACAGGCGGAGCAGGCCGAGAUGGCGCAGCGCGCAAGCGAGAAGAAAUAA